AUGGCUAAUCGAUCUUCUGCUCCGCCUAGUGGGCAAUCUGACUUUGAUCGGUUUGACCGUCACCGUCCGCCUACUUUUGACGGGACUUCUGAUCCUGUUGUGCUAGAAGGGUGGAUAAGGGAGAUGGAGAAGCUGUUUGCUGCUACUGGAUGCCCUGCUGUUGAAAUGGUGUCUAUUGGUACCUAUUAUCUGAAGAUGGAAGCUGAUAACUGGUGGAGUAUUGUUCGUGCAAGCUGCAUGGCUACACCGGGAUUUGGAUGGGAUGAGUUUCGUGUUAAGUUGAAGGAGAGGUUUUAUCCUGACGAGCUCCGUUGGCAGAAGCAGGAAGAGUUCUUAACUCUGUCUCAUGGUACUCUGAGUGUGCAGGAGUACAUUGAUAAGUUCACCGAGCUUUCCCGAUUUGCUACCACAAUUGUACCUACUGAAGCUGAGCGAGUAAAAAGGUACAUCAAGAAAAUGGAUCCUAGGGUGAGGACCCAUGUUUUCAGUUCGGGUGCUUCGACUUUCCAGGGAGCCUAUGAGAUAGCUCUGAGUAUUCAUGCCUCUUUGAGAGAGGAAGAUUCUACUAAGGCGGCUGCUGCUAAGAAGCCUGCUGUUACCUAUGUUCAGUUCCCGGCCAAGAAGCCGAGGUAUGAGCCGUCUGGUCGAGGGGGUUAUCAACAGGGUUCUGAAUCUAGUUAUCGUCCGAGUUUUGAUCCGAGCAAGUGUCGAAUCUGUGGUAAGGCUGCUCAUCCGGGGAAGAACUGUGAUGGAUCGACUGUCGUUUGUUUCUAUUGCAAGGAAGUAGGGCACAAGUCUUUCUAG